UUCCCUGGCUGCCACACUUUCACUCUCUGCCGCCACUUCAGCUCAGCGUCUGACUUCGGCUCUCCUGCCGCCGCCUGUCCGUGCCAUGGAUGCCAAGGUCUUCACUGUGCUGGUCCUUGUGCUGGCCGCGCUCUGCCUCAGCGACGGGAAGCCGGUCAGCCUGAGCUACAGAUGUCCUUGCCGAUUCUUCGAGAGUCACGUUGCUAGAGCCAACGUCAAGCAUCUCAAAAUCCUCAACACUCCGAACUGCGCCCUUCAGAUCGUGGCAAAACUGAAGAACAACAACAGACAAGUGUGUAUCGACCCGAAACUGAAGUGGAUUCAGGAAUACCUGGAGAAAGCUUUAAACAAGAGGUUCAAGAUGUGAGAGGCGCAGGCUGGGUCAGCCGCCUGAGGAAGCCUUGCUGUAGGAGGCUGGUCUGAGCCGGGUUAGGAAGGGCCCGGUGUCCUUGUGCAGCCAGACAGGCCCAGCAAGUGCCCGGGGCUUUGUUUUGCACAGUUUGUCUCACUUUCACCAUUGAUUAUGUAGCAAAAUAUAUUCAUUGUUUUGUUUUUUAUUUAGCUUGAUUAUCCAAUGUCACUGGUGACAAAUAGGAACUUGGACUAAAACCAUUGCUUUAUUUGCUUUAUUAUAAUAUCUUUACUGUGGACUCCGGUCUGACGAGGGGUUCCAGAGUUUUAUAUUCCCCUGAGCUGCACAGGCUGGGACCCCAGACAGAGGGAGCCUUGCCCACAAUGUCAUGUCCUGCGAUGGAGAGCCACCAGGAGGUGUCAGUCAGCAUGGGCAGCCUGAGUGAAGGUGGCCCCGUGCUGCGAGGGGUGGAGGUUAGGUUAGGGGCCGGGCCAGCUCCUCCACGAGAGCAUCACCCCUGAGCUGAGGCAGGCAGGAGUGUGAGGCCAGGGCAGGGCCUCAUCCUGAGCUCUCUGCAUCUCAUCACGUUCUCCUCAUCAUCCUCUCUCUCAUCCAUCACCAUGUACAUCCGAGACUGUCUCCAUGUCCCCGGAAAAGGACUCUUUCAAGACAAAAACUUUCAUUUAAACCUGGGCACCAAGAAGCAAACCAAAAAGUAUUCCGUUACCAGGUCCCGGCAACAUUGUGCACAUCUGUGUCUACUCUGCAACAUUGUCUGUUGUCCAAUCCUGUGUUCUUGUUCAAAGCCAGUGUCCUCCAUGCUGCCUUGUCUGUUCCUCUUGUGCAGAGGCUGGGAGUGAGGAGAUGCUCGUGGGCCUUUGCCUGGGCUCCUGAUUAGGGCCGUGAUCAUUUUGGGGGUGCCCUUGUUUUCCCCACUGAUCACAAAGCCGUGGUGGACCAGCAGAGCCCAAGGGAAUUCAGUUUUCAACAGUCCUGACCUCUGAGGACACCGACCCACAACACUGCCACAGAAGCUGCUAUCUCAGAACUAGACGGUUUGUCUUGACUGUGUCAAGCCCAGCAUUGUUUGGGGAAUAGCAGGAAUGACGAGAAAAAAAGAGUCUUACCUAUUGUUUAUUUGUUUUGGGAACCAAAUCCAUAAAAUAAUUCAUCCCAGGUAUUUUUUCCCCUGAUUAGAAUCUAACCUCAACUUUUUCACCAUUUGGCAAUCCCAUCACCUGUCCGCUGCACGGCGGCCCUGGUCCUACCCUGCUGCGGUGGUUACCUUGUGCCCCCAGGAUGCCCAGGAGGCCUUCCUCCUAGAAGGGACGGGGCACGUGGAAAAGCUGGUUAAGAACCCUCUACUGAGGGCAAUUUAGUUUGUAGGGUUGUAUUAAACAUUUAAAAUAUUCACUUUUGAGAAAGGUAGGCACUGAGGGUUUUUGCUUGUUUUGUUUUUUAUGUGUCUCGCUAAUACUUCUCCCCUUUGAGGAAAGAUCCAGUGAAGUUUUAGAAACGAAGUAGGUGGAAGCAAAAGGAGGCAAAGCAAGGAAAUGUGUCAAUGGACAGAACGCCAACAACACAGUCUGUUACGGUGAAAUCGUGAGCUGUUGGUGGUUUUAGAUGGAAUAAUCAGGGUUAUCAGUAGCAUGUGUUAGGCAUUUCCACGAAUGUUCCUUCACAUUGAAUCUUUCUGGUGGAGAGCGGCUCUGCAGGCUGCACAGCACCCACAUCUCCGGCUGCUGCUGCGUGGAGCACGGAGGACGGGUGCCGUGGUGAGGUGUAAGGGGUGCAGCACUGGCCUCGAACCCCUCUGUAAAACUAACCUGUUGCUACAGGGCUCCCGAGUUACACAUGCAAUUAUUGCAUUUUCAGUGGGAGGGUCAUUUUCCAGGUAAUCCAAGAUGUGUAAAAAUCGCAUGGGGAAUUUGGAAGCAUCUUCUAGAGUCCAUGAAUCAGAGCCACUAAAGCUGCAGCUCCCAGCACACAAACAUGCCCCUGAAUCCUGACUACAGUUAACGUAGAGUCAUCUGUGUGUCUCCGGCUUGGGGGGAAGUAGGUAAGAGUAGAAACUGCUUGGAAAUUAUUUGUGUGACAUUUUCUCUACCUGCAAUCUGCUCCUGCAAGGAGCCCUCCCAGCUACAGCAGGUAUGCAUUUAAAUAGUUCAUUUGCAAAGGAAAAGCUCUCCCUGUGCUUUCAAAAUACAAGUCAAGUCAUCAGGGGAGCAGGGGUCGGCCAGCUGUUCCUCCUGGUCCAGUGCUGCCUCUACCUGACCUUCCCUUGGGCUCUGUACAAGGUCCAGGGCAGACCUUCGCUGCCAGCCUUUGCACCAGGUGGGGAGGGCGGUGGGGGCUGGGCUCACAGGUCCGCUGUGUGUUGGAAUCUGAAUCUGUGCCUCGUGUUGUCUGUACUGCUCUUUGUCCUGCUCUGGCCAGAUGCUGAGACCCCAGCGAGGAGGCUCGGGAGAGCCCUCUGCUUGUGUGGGCAGAGGGCCUGCAAAGCGAAGCUGCAGUGCCCACGCUGAGAGCCCAAGGGGAUUUGGUAUCAGCGUUUCUGAAUGCUGCCGGGUGUGACACCCUGGGCUCCCUCACCGGGACUUCACCAGCCUUCUCGGGUGUUGUGCCUUUCCGCAGCUGAAUGAGAACUGUGGGAUCCUGAUCCCUCUCCACAUCUCCCCUGCCCCAUUCUGAGGGAACCCCAUCCCUGGAAAUCACCCCUAGGAACAUCCAGGUCCCCUCAGUGCACCACUGACACAGCCAAGUUGAAAAACGCACAGGAAAUUUGUUAUUCCCCAACCUCGCUGGACUCUCAGUCUCUGAGCGGUGAUGGGUUCAGUGUUCAAUGUGAUAAAUACUGUAUUUUGUAUUGUUUAAAUUGCAUCUCCCAGAUAAUGUGAAAUGGUCCAGAAGAAGGCAGCUUCCUGUAUGCAGUGUGCUUUUUAAAAUAAGUAACACUUCCUUUUGAGAAACAAUUUCUACUUUCAUAUCAAUGAAAAGAUGUACUGUAUAUGCACUUAUAACUGUUCUAAUAAAGACAUGUAUUCAAAUGUA